AUGGCAAACAUCAAAAUAAUUGAAGAAUAUAAAAACAUUGUGCUUGAAGAAUAUAGACAGGCUGAGGAGAGAUUGGAUGGGAAUGAAAAGACAAUAAGAGAAAAAAAUGAGGAACAAAAGAAUUUUUUGGAAGAGGAUAAGAGAGAUUUGGAUGAGGAAAUAAAAGCUUUAGAGAAAUAUAAAGAGGAAUUGAAGAAGGAUAAAGACGACAAGUGGGAAUUUUAUAAAAAUUUACAGAAUAAAUCAGUCGAUUUAGCUAAAGGAGAAGGUAAUGAACAAAUUGCCUACUCCGAUACCAGACUCAAUGGACGUGACCUUGAAACGAAAGCAUUACCACAUAUCGUAACAUGGAUGAAAUGGUGA